AUGAUCAUUUUCAUUUUUUCAUUUCAGAAUUUAAAUAAAAAAUAUAUCCAUGGCGAAUCAAAAGAAGAUGUUGAAAGUUUGGAAUCAUUUGAGGAAACGCCACUCAUUAUAGCCAUUUUAACGUAUUUGGGCUAUGGUAUUUUAAUAGUAUUUGGUCAUAUAGGGGAUUUUUUAAGAAAAUGGAAUGUCUUUUACAAUCCAUUGGUCACUGAGAAAGUUGAAAGUGGUUUUGUGCCUCUCUACCAAAGUUUUGAAAGUUUCUACACUAGGAACUUGUACAGAAGAAUUAGAGAUUGUUGGAACCGUCCGAUUUCAUCGGUUCCUGGGGCGACGUUCGAGAUCAUCGAUCGAAAAACAAGUGAUCGAGGCUGGACUUUUCAUUUCACAGGCACAACAACGAAAGCAUUGAACAUGGGUUCCUACAAUUAUCUUGGAUUUGCUGAAAACAAGGGAAGAUGUGCUGAUGAGAGCCAACAGGCUACAGAACUAUAUGGACCUAGUACAUGCUCCACUAGACAUGAACUUGGAAAUCUCUCUCUGCACAAAGAACUAGAGAGUCUGGUGGCAGAGUUUAUUGGGGUGGAAUCGGCAAUAGCAUUUGGCAUGGGUUUUGCUACAAACUCCAUGAAUAUUCCUACCCUGGUUGGAAAGGGUUGCUUGAUACUGAGUGACGAACUUAAUCAUUCCUCACUAAUUCUUGGGGCCAGAUUGUCAGGAGCUGUCAUCAAAACUUUUAAGCACAACAACAUGGAAGACCUGGAAGAGAAGUUGAAAAACUAUAUAAUUGAUGGCCAGCCUCACACUCACAGACCAUGGAAGAAAAUCUUGAUCAUCGUUGAAGGAGUUUACAGCAUGGAGGGAUCAAUUGUAAAGUUGCCAGAGGUAAUCAGAUUGAAGAAGAAGUACAAAGCCUACUUGUACCUUGAUGAGGCGCAUAGCAUUGGAGCCCUGGGACCAAGGGGCAGGGGUGUGGUGGAUUACUGGGGGUGUGACCCAAAAAAUGUUGACAUCAUGAUGGGUACUUUUACCAAAAGUUUUGGAUCAGCUGGGGGAUACAUUGGUGGUUCGAAGAAGCUGAUAGACUUCAUAAGGUUGAAGUCCCACAGUGCCUGUUAUGCAUCGAGCAUGUCGCCGCCUGUGGCACAGCAAAUCAUCUCCUCAAUGAAGGUCAUCAUGGGCGUAAACGAUCCAGCUGAAGGCAAAAAGAGGCUAGGACAGCUGGCAUGGAACAGCAGAUACUUCAGAAGACGUCUGCAAGAGAUGGGAUUCAUUAUAUAUGGCAACAUCGACUCACCAGUCGUUCCGCUUCUACUUUUCUGUCCUGCCAAGAUCGCCGCUUUCAGUCGUGAGUGUUUGAAAAGAGGUCUGGCAACGGUUGUUGUUGGCUUCCCAGCUACGCCCAUCAUCGAAUCCAGAGCACGAUUCUGCCUCUCUGGAGCCCACACUAAAGAAAUGAUUGACACUGCUCUGGAGAUCAUUGACGACGUUGGCAGCUUGCUAUCUUUGAAAUAUUCUAGAAUAGAGGGCGUCACAUUUUCUGAAGAUGAUAAAGACUUCAGGGCCAGGUAG